GUCGAGCCAUCCAACACGUGAAGGAGAAGAUCUUCACUGUGGAGGGCGGAGUCAGGAGGGGAAUCCCCAACGUCCUCGUGGUCCUCACCGACGGACGAUCCCAGGACGACGUCAACAAGGUGUCCAAGGAGAUGCAGAUGGAAGGUUUCAUCGUGUUUGCGAUCGGCUUCGCUGACGCCGACUAUGGCGAGCUGGUGAGCAUCGCCAGUAAACCCAGCGACAGACACGUCUUCUUCGUGGACGACCUGGACGCCUUCAAGAAGAUCGAGGAGAAGCUGGUGACGUUUGUGUGUGAGGCCGCCACCGCCACUUGUCCUUCAAUACCAAUGAGUGGCAGCACAACACCAGGUUUCCGUAUGAUGGAGCUGUUCGGCCUCGUGGAGAAUCGGUACAGCAGCGUCUCCGGUGUUUCCAUGGUUCCCGGCACCUUCAACACGUUCCCGUGUUUCCACCUCCACAGUGACGCUCUGCUGGCCCAGCCCACCAGGUUCAUCCACCCUGAGGGACUCCCCUCCGACUACACCAUCAGCCUGCUGUUCAGACUCCUGCCCCACACCCCCGAGGAGCCCUUCGCCCUGUGGGAGAUCCUCAACAAGAACAACGAGCCGCUGGUGGGAGUCAUCCUGGACAACGGAGGAAAGACGCUGACGUUCUUCAACAACGACUACAAGGGAGAGUUUCAGACGGUGACGUUCGAAGGGACAGAAAUUAAAACGCUUUUCUACGGGAGCUUCCAUAAGCUUCACAUCGCCAUCAGCAAGACGAGCGCCAGAGUGGUGAUCGACUGCAAGAUGGUGGCCGAGAAAACCAUCAGCGCCGCGGGAAACAUCACAACUGACGGACUGGAGGUUCUGGGUCGGAUGGUUCGUUCCAGAGGGAACAAGGACAACUCUGCACCAUUCCAGCUCCAGAGCUUCGACAUCGUCUGCAGCACGUCCUGGGCCAACAGGGACAAGUGCUGCGAACUCCCCAGUCUGAGGAAAGAGGUCGACUGUCCGGCUUUACCCAAAUCCUGCACCUGCACCCAGGACAGCAAAGGGCCCGCCGGCCCCACUGGACCCCCAGGAGGCCCUGGAAUCAGAGGAGCCCGAGGUGAUCGUGGAGAGCCAGGCCCGGUGGGGCUGACCGGUCCAGUGGGGGAUGCUGGUGUACCAGGACCUCAGGGGCCCCCGGGACCACAAGGACACAGCGGACGCUCCAUCAUCGGCCCCCCAGGGGCGCCAGGAGAGAGAGGGCAGAAGGGUGACGCUGGACAACAAGGCACUCAGGGAGUUCCUGGUCGAGCUGGAGCUACAGGCAGAGAAGGACCACCAGGACCCAGAGGCCUCCCAGGUAAAGACGGCCUGCAGGGCAGACAGGGCCCCCCCGGGACCAUCGGGACGCCAGGGGCCCCGGGGGCUCCAGGAAACACCGGCGCUGCAGGAAAACAGGGCGAACUGGGACCUCCG